AUGGACUAUUUUUUCCCCCAAUCACAAUACUGCCCUUUCUCACUAGAACAAUCAAAUUCAUGGCAAUACGACGACGUUUCACUCCCCUUCAACCCCAACGACUCCCAGGAGAUGCUCCUCUACGGCGUCCUCGCCCAGGGAGCCGCCUCCGCCGCCGCCGCGGCGCCGCCGUCGGAAACACAAUCCGAAUCCAAUUCGCCCCGGGAGGAAUCGGAGGUUAGCUCGGGCGGCGAGACGAGGCAGGAGAGGUCCUACAGGGGCGUGCGGCGGCGGCCGUGGGGCAAGUUCGCGGCGGAGAUCCGGGAUUCGACCCGGAACGGCGUCCGGGUCUGGCUGGGCACGUUCGACAGUGCGGAGGCGGCGGCCCUGGCGUACGACCAGGCGGCGUUCGCGAUGCGCGGGGCCGCGGCGGUGCUGAACUUCCCGGCGGAGAAGGUGAGGGAGUCGCUGCAGGGGAUGAUCGGCGGCGACGACGAGGGCUGCUCGCCGGUGAUUGCUUUGAAGAGGAAGCACUCGAUGAGGGCGAAAGGGGGCCGGGGCCGGAAGGGAAAUACCGGGAAUUUGCGGGGCGAUUGUGGUAAUCAUAAUGGGGAAAAUGUGGUGGUGUUUGAGGAUUUGGGGGCUGAGUAUUUGGAGCAGCUUUUAAGCUCCUCCUCGUCUUCAUCGUUGUCGUCUUCUUCACAGAUAUGGUGA